AUGCCAGACGAGGAGACAGAGACUAGGUACUACAAUCAAAGGACUGGAAAAGAGGAAUGGCGCUGCAAGUACUGUGAGAAAACAUAUUCCUGUUCUGGUGGAACUGGAGCUCCGGCCAAGCACCUAACUGACCCUCCUCCUGACGGUCACGGUCUCCCAAAAGGCGCUCCACGGACAGCUAAAAUCAGAACCAUACAAACUAUUCUCGAACAAGCUCGUCUUACGGCUGAAGAAAAUGCCCGAAAACGUCGUCGGCUCAACGAUCAAUACGGAGACUCGAUCGACCCGGACCAGCUCGAAGUGUUGUACGUAAGGUUUAUUACCGCCUGUUCUCUUCCAUUUCGGCUUGUGGAAUGCCCAGAAUUCCGAGCCCUAUUGGCCUACAUCAAUGCCGACAUCGAUACUUGGCUUCCAGACACGCACCAAACUGUCAAGACCUGGAUUAUGCGGCAGUAUGAAGAUCAGAAGGAGAAGGUCAAGCAGCGCAUACAGUCCGCAAAGUCAAGGAUUCACAUCAGCUGCGACCUUUGGACUUCUCCCAACUCUUUGGCAAUCUUAGGCGUAGUUGCUCACUAUGUCACGGAAGACUGCAAGCUGGAACACCACACUUUGGCCUUAAAAGACAUCGACAGUGAGCAUGAUGGUUCUCACCUCGCCGCGGCAAUCAUGGAAGUGGUUGAAGACUGGGGUUUUGCUUCCAAACUUGGAUAUUUCGUGAUGGACAAUGCAAGCAAUAACGACACAAUGAUGAAGUCCCUUUCUCUUGGUCGGUACGACUCACUACUUCUUCCGAGCGCUGCUAACAUUUAUAGCCAUAUUAUUAACCUUGCCGCCAAAUCCUUCCUCUUCGUUACCGAUAAUGAGAAGCUCGACCACGAAGAUUCCGAUCUGCACAAUGUGACACUAAAGCAGAUUGAGACGUGGCGGCGAAAAGGUCCUCUUAAGCUUCACAACUUUGUCGUGUACAUUCAACGAAGUGUUCAGCGCAGCCAAAAGUUUAUGGCUAUUAGCCAUAACCGCAAGCUUGCGAGAGACAAUGACACAAGGUGGAGUUCGUGGUACACCAUGCUGCAAGCGGCCUUAAGUCUUAAGGACGCCGUUGACGGUUAUUUCAACAAAUGGAUGGAAGAAGACUGCGCUGGUGACGAGCUCUCUUCAGAAGACUGGAUCAUCCUAGAGAAGAUAAAAUUUUUCUUGGAGAAGCUCAAAAUGACGACCAAGGCUCUGGAAUCAUCAUUUGCAACUCUCGAUAAUGUCCUCUUGGCUAUGGACUUCGUGUUGGCACAAUUCGAAGCAGGAAAAGAGGCAUAUACUGAUGAUCCGAUUAUGGCACCAAUGUAUAACUCAGGCUGGGCGAAAUUGGAUAAGUACUAUCGCCUUACUGACGAAUCGCCUGCCUAUGUUGCAGCGAUUGUGCUCCACCCUUCGCAUAAGUGGCACUACAUACACGAGAACUGGAAGCCAGAGUGGGUUGAGUCGUCAAAGAAGUUGAUAGAGGCGCUGUGGGGUGAAUACAAACCCGUGGGAUCACCUCCUCUGUCCGAGGUCCCGCGGGCGACUACAAACGAGUUCUUGAAAUGGAGGAACAAACAUCUACAACCAGCACUUAUCACGGAUGAGUACGAGCAUUAUUGUAAGUCUGAACGGGUCUAUGGGUUCACAAGCGCCCUUACAUGGUGGUUAGAGGAGACGCAGCAGAAGACGUAUCCUAACUUUAGCAAAAUGGCUGUGGAUAUGCUGUCAAUCCCGGCAAUGUCUGCAGAGCCUGAAAGGCUCUUCUCUGGGGCAAAGAUAACCAUCACGGAUCGUCGAAACCGGAUGGGGAGCGAUGUAAUUGAAGCAUUAGAAUGUCUAAAGUCCUGGUUUGGGAUACGAGACUUUUAA